AUGAUCGCCCUUACAUCCAUGAUCGAGACGAAUAUUGCUCAUUUAACCACUUGUUUUAAGGCUGUCGCAUAUUUGAGCAUGCUUUCAACCGAGCUUGGCGACGACUUAAUAACUGAUCCAUUUGCAUCGAUUCGUCUUCGAAGACGUCCUUCGCAAGCUUCGAUCAAAACCAUUAGUUCUAAGCAUAGUAACCUAAACCAUUCGGACCAUGUUGACCUCGAUCAGCUUGAUGACAAAUAUAAACAAUUAAGUGCUCAGAUUAAUCACGAUAUGAUGGAAUUACGCUAA